GAAACGUCGAACGCAACUUUUCACCCGCGAGACAGAAGUAGUUUUCUAUGGGAAAUUGCAGAAAAAUCAACAAAUUUGCUAAUAUUUUGGCGUAAAUGGGUGUCUCUGAGGUGUCUAAGUAAAAGUGCAUUGAGAAAAUAGUAUGCUUUGGUGGAGUUUAUAGUGGAAAAUAGUGAAAAUGUGUUUCCGCCCAGAUCGCGGAGCAUUCCAGUAUCGGUGAAAUAGCGUCAGCCUAAAAAGUCUCAGCUGUUUCCCGCCAUCAGAAGUCUUCGGGAUUUCAUGCUGUUCGGUGUGAGGUGCAGUUUUCGGUGGAGAAAAAUCUAAUUUUCUGUGUACUAUUGGACAUUUUCACCUUGUGAAUUAGUGUUUAUUGUUUGACUGUGUUGUUGGGAAGACAAAUUGCGUCGGAGCUAAACAAUUUUUCCCCCCAAAUUACUUGUGCAAAGCAAAAAUAGAAAAACAAUUUCUUUUUUUCUCUCCCAUCUUUCCUUCCCGGGCCACACAAGAAUCCGUGUGUUUGCGGCGUGUUGUGCAAAAUGUCAAUUGUGGGUAAUAAAAGUGAAGAAUUUGUUGUGGUGGAGACUCUGCAGAAAUCCGACGAGAAAUUCAUAAUUACACAAGAGGACGGCGGCGGUGGUGGACAUCAUAAUACAACAACAACCACGAUGAUUGAUAAUGAUAAGAAAAUGCGACGCCAAAUUGCUAAUAGCAAUGAAAGGCGUCGAAUGCAGAGCAUCAAUGCGGGAUUUCAGAGCCUGAGGCUACUCCUGCCCCAUCAUGAGGGAGAAAAAUUGAGCAAGGCUGCAAUUCUCCAACAAACAGCAGAGUUUGUUUUUAAUUUGGAGCAGGACAAAAAUCGCCUGAUGUCCAAUGUGUCCUACCUGCGAGAGCUCCUGCUAAAGAACAACAUCAAUCCGGAUUUGCCGACUGUAAGUGUCUCAAGUACGGGCACAACCGCCACAACGUCCACAGUGUCGGGGAAGAAGCGCAAAUUGGACAAUGUGAUGACCAUGCAGACUAUCUCGGACUCAUCGGAUGAGGGUCUGGGGUCAAUGUCACCCGAGCCCCUCACCUUUGUCACAGUCAUGACGAAACCAAGUGGAGCCAUCACCACAACGACAUCCGCCUCUGCAGCCUCCACCAAUAGUAUCUUGGCCAAGGAGGUGGUGGAUCUGAAGCACCAGCUGGAGAUUGAACGGCGCCAAAGAAUGAUGCUGGAGGAUCAGCUGAGGCAGCUGGAGUGUCAGGUGUAUCCGGAGCGAUUGAGUCGUGAGGAGAGGAUUUAUCAGCAUCAGGAAGUGAUUGAGCAUACGGAUAAUUUGAGGGUGGAUGAUGUUGAUAUGGUGGAUGGACCUGAGGAUGGUGUAGAAGUGGUGGAGGAGGAGGAUGAUGAAGAUGAAUCUACGACAAUCUCACUGCUCCCUGAGGAUUCAAUGACUAAAGUAUCACUGUCACAGUUGCAGUUGCAUCAGACGCAUGAUCUGCAAGAUAUGCAAGUGGUAUCGUUGGAUAGUUUACCAGCGACUGGACAGAAUGUGGUUGUGUGUUCGCCGGUGGAGGAGAUAAGUAUUGAGGAGACGCGUGUGGUGUCACCAAGUCGUGUUGUGGUGGAGAAAGUUGAGGAGGUGGUGGAAAAGGCAGAAAUCAGCACGAAACAGAGGCUUCAGCCAAUUCUGGAGGCCGUGAUUAAGGCAGAGCCAAAAGUGGAAGUUGAACGAAUUAGUAAUUCACCUGUGAGUCUCACAGUGGUCAAAUCUGAGGAUUCUGCAGCGGCCCAAUCGCGAAUGUAUGUGACAUCGACAUCGAGGCAGAAUCUUGAGACAAUUGUGGAGGCGAUAAGGCAUCUCGAGGGUGAUCAUUUGUUUGGGGAGACGACACAGGAACAACCAACCCAGGAAGCACCACUAGCACUCACCACCCACAACAAACAGUCACAUCUGCAGCCCCUGCAGCAUGCCCGGAAAAUCCAUGUGGAUGUCAAUCCAUUCCUGCACUUCCGGACACCAACAACAGCCACGGCACAGCACCUGCAGCAGCAAUGUAGGCCGGGUGUGAUUGUGGUGAAGCAGAACUCCUGAUCUGCUGAGGCAGUAAGUGGGCGCAGGAGUGGGAUUGGACAGGGAUUGACGGCGGUCGGUGGUGAUGGUAUUGUGUGUGUCGUGGAUAAAUUUUGACACAGAGAGCAGAUGAGAUAUGUGACUAAAUAAUUUUUAAGUAUAACUUCUUUUUAGAUUUUUACUGAUAUAAUUAUAUACUUAUAUAUACAUAUAUAUGUAUAUAUAUACAUAUAUAUAUUUUAGGUAAUGAAAAAAAGAAAACAAAGUGGACGAUUUAUGUAACAAAUUACACAUUCGCAUGUGUUUUUAGUCAUUACAGUAGAGACACACACCCAACACAAAGAAACCCCGAAAAAACAACUUUGAAAAAAAAAGAGUUAAUGAACAAUUUUUCAACGUGAAAUUGCAUUCAGUGUAACAGAAAAAAAAUAAUUUCAUUUAAAUAUCAAAAAUUUAGAGAAAUUUUUCAAAGGCAGGGAAUUUGAGAGAACUUGAAUGUCUUCUGGGAAAGUUUAAAGAGGGUUCUAAUCCUGGCUAAAGUUCAAAUUCGAAAUCAAGAUGCCAAGGAAGACAUAAAUCCUUGGUCCUUUUGCUUUGCAAUACGCAAUGACCUCAAUAUAUUUUAAUCCAAAGUGCCAAAGUCACUUCAAAACUUAUUAUUUUUCACCCUAAGGAUAGAUAAUCUACGAACGACGAUUUAAGGUAAUGUAUCUUCGAAGAAAAAUCUUACGUAAUUUAGCAAUUUAUUCGUCUAAUUUUGGAAAGGAGGAAAGUUGACAGGUUUCGGUAUUCUGAAGUCGAGACACCGUAUUUAUGGUUUGGGUCUUUGAUAUUGAGUUUGUGAAGCAUUAAUAACUGAAUGUUGAAAUGAAGUAUAUAAAGAUAAUUCAAAGGUACACAGCUCUCUCAGAUAUCCGGCUGACGGAGGGACAAAAUGACAUUUUGGUUUUUUGAAUCUGGUCAACGGUUUUUCUAUUUUGCGCUGUGUUGCAAUUAUUUCUGUCGAAACGCAACAGAAUUUUCUUAGUGGUGCGCUUAUAUUUCAUUGUACCACAAUUAAAUAUCAAAGGCUUUUUUGUUUUCUCCCUUAACUACUCCCCUUACCAAGGUCUUGGGCAUUGAGGCCUAUUUUUAAUCAAAGGCUUUGAUAAAGUGAAAAUACCAUUUUAAUUCAUGCAGGACAAGCUGCAUACUUAGUUAAAAAAAAAUUGAAUUCAUCAACCGUCAGUUUUGACAGCUGUCAACCGGAUAUCGAACCCGUCAAAUCAUUGCUCUACCUGCCGAUUUUACUCGGAGGUGUUUUGAAUUGUGACGAUAUAUUCUAGUACAUUUAGAGAAAUUCUGUAGAUUUUCGGCAGAAUUUCUGCCUAGAAAAUCUGUAGAUUUUCAGUAGAAAUUCUUCCGAAAAUCUGCAGAUUCUCGGCAGAAUUUCUGCACAGGAAAUCUGCAAUGUCUCCACUUUCUCAACAAAAAUAUUGUUGAUUUAUCAAGAAACUGCAUCAGUUACAAAGAAAAUGGUAUGCUCUGCUUAACAAGCAUUACCGAUUAAACAUUUUAGAUAACUAAAAAAAUGCGAGCAAAAAUACUAAUUUCUUAAAAAUCGCCAAUCGAAUGAUACGAAAACACGAAAUUUAGAUCGACACUGUGUUUAAAGUUAUCACUUCAUUAUUCUCUACUUAUAACACGACGUCGCAGAAUUCUUUAUUUUAUAUAAACACUGUGAUAUCACCAAGAAUCACUCUAUUGAAUUUUGCAAACUUCAGUGAAAAAUAUUCCAUCUUUUCAGACACAGGUAUCUGGAAAGUCUGGAAUGUAGAUAAAUCUACAGAAAAUCGGCAAUAUAUCUACAGAAAUUCGUCAGAGUAUGCACCAGGAUUCGUCAGAAAAUCUGCAAAAAUUUCUGACGAAUUUUGUCCCAAGCCCAAAUAAUAUUCGUAGGAAUAUUACCGAUUUAUCGGCAGAUUUUCGGCAGAGGUGUAAAUAUUUUCUGCAGGAAUCUUAAAGAUAUCUGACGAAACUAUUUGACGGAAAGUGCCGAAUAUCGGAGAGAGCUGUGUAAACUGAAACUUUCGAACACUUGAACGUGAAAUCAAUUAACGGGAAUCGCUUAAAUUAAAUUUAAGGACUCCCGAUUCUAACGGUGUAAUAUAUAACAGGUUAUUAAGUCUGCAAGUUGACACAUAAAUGACGCCGCUAUCAUAAAAUCUUAAAUAAAUGUAUCUCCGAAUUAGCCACAUUUUACAAAUCAUGUACUGCAUUUGCUCACUUUGAACGAACACCUACAAACCAAAAACGAAACAAAAUUGAACAAAAUUGGCUUUGAACUGGUUCUUCAGCAGCCAUAUGCGGAAGACCGUAUUUCGAAAGAUCCAUUUUUUAACGGGAUAAAACAAGUUGGAUAAAAUCGUUAAAAACUUUUAUCGACUUUUAUAAGCAUUUUCUUGAUAAAUGAAAUCGAAUUUGACCAUUUUCUUUCUUAUCCUAUGGACAUUCAAUAACCCGUUAGUAUUGCAAAUGGGAUAAUAUCGUAAUAUUACCCGUAAAGUUCUACCCAAAAAUACGAAGAAACCAGAGCAAAUUCAUAUAUUUUCCAGUUUAUUGAAUCUUACAAGAGGAAUAAUACCUAAAGUUCGUUUUAUUGCUUGAUUGGAUAAUCAAGAAUUGGGAAAAGGCCGUAGAACAUUGCUCAAAUAUAGAUAAUGAUCUCGAGGAAUUGAGACUUUCAGACAUGCCAUAAAAGCUAUAAUUUACGGUUGCCGGAAUAAAGAAGACUUCAUGUCAAAGUCAUCUCUUUAACUGGUGAACGAAAAAUAUUUACAAGGCUGCGAUCAAAUUCACAAGAGCAACUAUGAGUAACUUUGACUGGUUAAUAUUUGUAUAACAAUUUCUCCUUUUUCUUAGAACAGUUAAAAGUGUCUCGGAUUAAGGUCAAAUGGUGUAUUGUACGUGAUAAUUGGGAUUGUCCGCAGCUAAAUGGACAAGUAAUUAGUUUUCUUCUGGUUACUUUCGUGAAUGUCACCUCUAUUUUAACUUUAGUAUUCGGAAAACAUUGCUUUGUAGUACAAAUGAAAUUAUUCUUCGUUUCAACAUUCAGUUCCAAUUUCUUCGUAUUCCUCAUUUCAGAAUACCAAAAUCUCAUAGAUUUUCUGAUUUUAUAGAGAAAAGUUUCAGACAUUUAUAUUCUAAAUAGAAGAUAUCUUCAAGAAUGCAUUUUAGAACAGAAAUUCUAACAAUAAAAACUACAAUACUCAUACGUAAUAUUUUUCAUUAAAGCGAAAAAUAUUAUUCAUUGGUAUUGUCUGAAAAAUUACUUAAAUUUCGGGCUAGUUUUGUCCCUAUCGUUCAUAGAAGCACAAAAUACACAGAAUCAAACUCUGUUGGACUUUCCAAGGUUAGAUGUAAGACUUAUCAUUGAUUAUAUUUCUCAGUUUAAUUUUUAUUGUUAAUUUUCAAUCCGUAAAAAGUAUCUCGUCGUUAAAGGGUUGAAAUCUGAAGAGAAGACAUCUUCAAAAAUUAUUUUGAAAACAAAUUUUUGAGUUUUUGCGGUUUGUGUCUUGAAUAUCAAGAUGUCAAGCAUAGAAAAAAUAUUUUGUAGAACUAUUCGUAAACGUUUGUGAAUUUACGAAAUAUUCGUAAGUCGUGUAACCAACUAAUAAGUUUAUCAGGGGCCUCUCAACAUUUCAUUUUUCCAUGCGUUUUUGCAUAGAGGCACUGAAGACUAUUGUCAAGUUUUUUCCUAAACAGAAUUGACUUAUCAGUCUGAUAUAUUUCGAAAUCAUGCAUUGAUUAAAGGCUAUCUAAAAAUACAUAUUUCAUAAUGUUCGCCAAAUUAUUACAAGAACUACGAGCAAAUUUGUUUAAGUCACGGUGCAAUAUCUGCAAAAUUAUUACAAGGAAAAAUGAAAAAUAACUUCACUUUUUAUUGGGCUUGAUGGGCCCCUGAAGUUUGUACUUUUUCACAAACUGGCCUCAAUUCUGAGACCAAGAUCAAGAUCAAGAAAAUUUCAAGAUUUUGGUACUAUUCUGAAAUAUUCUUCUUUUUCUUCUAUUUUAUGUAAGGCUGUCGGACUCACUUAAUUCUGAAAUCAAAAAAUCAAGAUCAAGAUGACAAAUCUGUCAAAUGUCUUGAAAUCUUCCAAGGCACAAACCGUGUGGAUAUCAAGAUUUCCAAUUCUGGAACCAAUAUUUCAAGAUGUCAAAUUUCUUGAUUUCUUGAAAUAAUUGCAAGAACCUCUCGGAGAAUUUUCAAGAUACUAACAAUUUGAAGAGUUUCAUACGGAUAUGACUAUUGAUAAGGAAUAUUUCUAUAAGAUCGGCUUCGGACCUAAGGUUUAGCCCAGUUCCCGAUGGUCUCGAAAUUCAAAAUAGCAACCAAUUUUAUUGGUUUUUCAAAAUUUAAUGAAUCACUUGCCCAUGUUGACCAAUCUUAAGUGAUAAUUUUCCAAAAAACUCUUGAUUAAGAAGAAAUUAGAGAAGUUAAGCCAUAUGGCUAAGCCUUGAGUCUGAAGUCCGUAUAACAGAUGGUUAUUAAAUGAGAAUUACUUUGAAAAAUACUGUGUUUGAUCUUGUAAUUUAAUCGAAAUAGUACGUAUUUCUAAAUGUACAUAUCAAAAUACACCACCCUGAGGAUACCUGCAAAUUAAUCACAUCUUGCAUAAGCAUUUCUUAAUUUAUGACAGGUCACAAGUUUGGUUUGCACUUCCUGUACUCCCGUUUAUGGCCUCUCAUUUAUUCUUUAAUACGUUCUAUAACUAAUUUUCGUAAUUUAUGUGACGAAAUUUUAACAAAUUCAACAGAGAUAUUUGUCAGAAGUAACGUUUCGUUAAGUAUGGAAAAUCUUGAAAUCUUGGUUCUUAGCUAAGACAUUUUAAGUUCCAUAAAUACUUCGCGUCAGAAUACGAAAUCUUGAUUUUGGGAAUAUUUGACAGCUUGAAAUUUUGAUCUUGAUCUUGAUCUCAGAAUUGAGGCCAUUGCUCAAAAAUAAAGUUUCAGAUUCUUUUCAAAAUAUCCCUUCCGUAGUAUUUUUCCAAGCUUAAAUUAUAUAUUUUUUUGUAUCUACGGGCUGAAUAAAGGCCUAUAAUCCUAUUGUAAUUUUUGCUUUAAUAAGUUCUACUUGUAAUAAUAUCUUUGCUAGUCUUUUAUCCCUUAAACCUAUGUUUUACUGUAGGUUUUCGCUUAAGAACCAGUUUGCUUUUAAUAAGGUCUUGCUAAACCGUAGAAUUUUCAACAUCUUCAUCUUGAUUUUGAUUCUCAAAGUAGAAGCCUCAACACACGAAGAAGAUACUCAACUUCUAAAAAUUCUCUCGCUACUUAAAAAAAAUUCAAAGAAUCCCUUAAUCAAACAAAAUUGGACAGUUAUAUCUUUUGUUAUUCUGAGUAACAAAAAAACACAAGUUUUAAAAUAAAUAUCUUUAAUGACCGUCUCAAAAGUAUUCAUAAAAAAAAAACAUAAAAUUCCCGGAAAAUAUUGCAAAAUAAAUUCAAUUUGAGACAAAAUCGUGUCUAGAUAGAAAAAUUUUAAUUAAAAAGUAAAAUUUAAGGCAAAAAGAAGUACAAGUAAAUCAAUUUAUUGUAAAAUUGGCGUAUUCUCGCCUUAAAGAAUUUUAGGCAAAUAUUAAUUUGUUCCAAACAAAAUUUAAGAAAUGAAACUACUUAAAAAAAAAUGUACAAAAUUGAUUUUUCGGAGAUAGGAACAUUCCAAAAUUUAAUUACAAAUUUCAAAGUACAUUUAAUGAGGACAUUUAAAAAAAAACAAAUUGUUAACACUAACUAAUAUUACCAUAAUACAAAUUGAAGGUGGAAAAGAAGUGGUGCUCUUUCGGUUUAAAUAUCUUUCUUUAAAUUGAUCUAUAUCUUUGGUUUUUUUCGGUUUUUUUUUUGGAAAAACAUUAGCAAAUUUGAUAAGAAAAAAAAAUAAAGAGAAAUAUCGGUAUAGACAAAAAACCAAAUGGGAAGCAAUAAAUCCGGGAAAAAAUCUGACGGUCAGUUAGUGAGAGAAAAAGCAUUGAAUACAUAUUUUAAAUUAAAUUAAAAAAAAUAAUAGAUAAUUUGUUUAGUAAGAAAAAAUUUUGGCGCCAUGAAUUUGGAUCUCUUAAAUUAUUAUUAAAAUAAUAAUUAGAAAUUGAUGAAUCUCCAGACUAAAAAUUCUAGUAGAGAGGGUAUAAGUUGUGUUUAUCCAACGUUAUAAUACUAUACUUUUAUUAAAAAAAGGAAAAAGAAAAAUAUUAUGAACAAUAAUUUACUUUACAAAUUAAAUAAUGUACAAAUGUUAAAACGAAGUGAAAUAAUUCAAAACCUGAUAAAAAAAAGAAUACAUUUUAAUGCAGAUUGAGAAAUUCAUUCUCUAGAAAUAUUACAUUUCUACUUAUUUUCUAAAUAUUUUCGAAGUAUGGAACAUUUUUUUUUCUCUACUUCCUUUUUUUUAUUUUCUCUAUGUCAAACAAAUUAAAAAUUCGAGUUGAUUCGAAUUUAAUAGGAUUUUUGCAUUCAUUUCUUUCGUCACAAUAAACGGACAACUUUCAGUCAAUGAAUGGACAAUACAAGACACUCAAAACACACAAAAAAAAGAAAGAUGAAAGGAAAAUUUUUUGAUUUAAUGAUUUCUAUGAAAUUUUUACAAUUAUUUUACAUUAAAAGAGAUUUUUUUUGCUAAAAGAAAAAAAAACAAUUCAUUUUCACAACAUAAAAUGACGAGUAUGUGUAUUUAAGUUCAAUCGAAAAGUCCAAAAAAAAAGCAUGAGAAUAAAACCAUGGAGAGAAAUGAUGAAAGUAGAAAGUACCAUGUUCUACAGUUGAUUAUAUAUUUUUUGGGAUAAAAGAAAUAUUAAACAUUUGUAUCAUAAUGAUAUUAAAAAAAACAUAAUUUGUUUGACAUAAAUUUUCCUUCGAGAAACAAUCAUUUUCAGUCUCUUUCAAUGUUCCAAAUGUGUAUUUUAACCCCAUUCUCUUGGUCAACUAAGAGGUUAUUUACGAAUUUUAGGUUAUGUUGAAUUUAACCUUGAAAAUCCCGGUUAAAAUCAGGAGCCGUUUUUACAGGAAAAACUUACUAUAUCUCCCGUCUUGGAUCAUCUUUUCCAAGAAAUAUUGAUAUUCAAAAUUUUUAAAUUAGGCUAUUAAUAAUUUUGUCGAUAUAACCACACUGAGAAAAAAAGAGGGUUCGAUUAACAUUUUUUCUUCAGAAAUUUAACACUUUUUAGGUGUAAAAAUAUAUCAACAUUUUUUAAUGUUAAUUUUACACCUUAUUAAGAGUAAAAUUAACAUGAAAAAGGGUACCUUUAAGCCCUAAUACACCUAAAAAAGGUAAUAUUUACACCGAUUUCGGAUCAAUACUGCAGGGUAAAAUUAACAUUUCCUGAAUGUUAUUUUAACUUUUUCGGAUUUCUCUCAGUGGCAGCAAAUCUAUCCUUGCUUUCUUCUUUGAAAGUUUGUCAAAUAAGUGACAAAUUUUUCCUUCCAGAAUGAAUUUGAUUGAAUUAAAUUUAUUCUGUCUCACGUAUUUGAAUAAAUUUUCGAAUAUAUAAAAGGAAAUUGAGUUACCGUUUAAUCUAACCUCAUUCCUUGAUGUUUUGAGUGGAAGAGUAAAUCACGCUGUAGAUUUUCUUUGACAAUGCUUUGUAUUUUUUCACACCGAAUCAUCGGAUAUCAAAUCCGUGGUUAAAAUUGCUUUAUUAAAGAGGUUAAUGUUUAAACAUAACCUAAAAGCUCUAGAAGGGUUUUUUCAUGGUUGGCUGUAAAGAAUUUCUUUCUAAAUUCUAGCACUUUGAAAGCUAAUUGAAAAAUGUUCGUUAAUGAACAAGAAAUAAAGAUUAAAGAAAUAAAAAUUUUGAGGUUAUGUAGAAUAUUUAAACGAAUAAAUAAGAUUGAAAUUUUAAUACCCGAGAAGUAUUCAAAAUUCUCGGUAAUACCUACAUUAAAACAUUUUGCUAGUGUUAGAAAUUCAAAGCCUGCAAGAAAAUCCAGUGUCAAAUUUUUGCUGCUAAGAAAGACCUUUCUAGGUUAUGUUAUUUUCAACAAGAAACUCUUCCACUUAUCUCUUAAAAAUUGAUUCUAAUGUAAUUUAUUGCGUAUUUUGCUCACAAAAUGCGUAAAAAUCACGAGUACAUCAGAACCUUUGAGAAUUUUAAUAAAAAUCAGAGUUUUUGAGGUUAGAAUUCUUGUAUUUUCUUUGGUAAAAUUUGACGUAUUUAAAGGGGAGAUGCAAAAGUAAUUAGAUUGAUUAAAAUAAAUACCGCAAGAUGGGAAUUUUCCACAUAUUUUUCUAUCCAAAAAGAAAACUAGAUUUAUGAGGUUAGGUUCAACAUAACCCAACUUUUCAAAAUAACCUCUUGGUUUAGAGAAGGCAACAAAAGUAAAUGAAAGAACCACCUAUUAAACGCAAAUUAAAUGCAGAAUCGUACAAUAGAAGAAAAUCGACAGAUUUAAAAUCAGUUGAAAAUUCUUUUUGUUUUUUUAAUUUGUUUCCUUUUUUACAGAAACAAAAAAAAAAACAAUAAAUCACAAAGUAAAAUAUAAGUUCUACAUUUAAAAAAAAAAUUGUUCCUUCUUUCACUGUGUACAUAUUAAAUAUAAUAAAAAAAAAAACAUUUAAAUAAAAGGAUUUUAUUGAGUAAUUCACCUAAAAGUAAUAAAGUAAUUUUAUGAAUUAAUAGAUGUAAUUUCACUGAAAACAAAUGAUUAUAAAAAAAAUUAAGGACUUUUGAUAUAUUACUAUUGAAGAUAAAUAUUAUUAGUAAUAAUGAAAAUCUAUUUAUAAAUAUUGCUAAAUAUAUUAAUAUACUUUUUGCAUAUUAUUAAAAUAAGAUAAAAUAGAAAAAAAGCAAAAAAAAAAAUCUAGCCAAUACUGAAUUAGAAUAAAUGCAGUGAUUGUAGUCCAUAAAGUAAAAAGGAGAAAUGAAAAGAGAUAAAACAAAUCAUAACAAAAAAAGAGAGUCUAUUUAAAAAUUAAAAAAAAGAAAAUUGGAAAUUUAUAGAUGGGAAACUUUUAAAAAAUUAAAAAGAAAAACAAUUGUCCAAAGAUAUGAACAAAAAGCAUAUAUUUCUGAAUAAGAUUUAAUUUAUUAAAUAAAAUUGGAAUACAAUUCAAAAUAGUUGAAAAAAAAUUAGGAAAAAAAGUAACAAAAAGAAGAAUUUCCAAUUUUCUUCUUCAUCUUCUAACUAUUUAAGCUUUUUGCUUUGUCUUGCUUUGUUGUUUUAUUUAAAUAGAAAAAAAUAUCCUUUUCAAAAUUAUCCUUUUUUUGUUGGAAAAGAAAGAAAAAACAAGUGAAGUAAAACCUAUUCGAAUUCUGCAUAAAAUAUUUAUUGACCUUUUGUGAUUUUACAAUUGUAAUAAUUUUAUUUUAAGUUGAAAACUAUAUAAAUUUACGUUUUAUUGCUAUGAAUUAUUUUUAGUAGAAAGAGAAAAUAUAUAUCUUUAAAAAAAAAGAACAUGACGAAAUGGUAAAUGAACAAAAAAGUUUUAGCCAUUACGGUAUACGCAUAUUAAUUUCAAAAAUUAAUAUCUGUUUAAUUUUUCUUUAUUAUAUUAUUCCACUAUUUUUUGGGGGAAAGAGAGAGAGAGAAAGAGAAAAUUUUGCGAAAAUUGUUCUGUUGCCGAGAAAGUUUUUAUUUCUUCUUCUUUUCUUAUUAAGUUAAUUUUGUGAAGCGCAUUAUGCUUCAAUUACAAAAUUUCUGGGCUUGUGAAAGAAAUAAAUUUUAAGUGUACCAUUAUUUUUAAGAGAGAACAUUAAAAAAACAUAAAACAAUCAUGCAAAAAUACUACCUAUUUGUAAAAAAAAAAGAUCAUCAUAAAUUCAUGAAAAGUUUAAUUAAAAACAAAAACGAAUAAAAUCGACAUAAUUUUCAUUUAACCAGUGUUGUUUUGCAGAAUUGGAGGUACAAAAUAAUUUUUAGCCAUUUAAAGUCUAAAUAUUAAAAAAAAAGUAAGAGAACAACUUUAAGAAAAAGAAAACAUAAUGAAAAAAGCUAUAUUAAAGUCUAA